AUGCCCAUAGACUUGGACGGCGUGGAGUCGCUCACGAGCAUCGUCUCGGCGGCGCUCGAAUCGCGCGGCGUGCUCGCCAGGAUUCGCGCCGAGCUGCGCGCCAACGUCUUUGCCGCGAUUCACGAGGAGGAGCCUGUGGACCAGCGCGGGCCCGAGGCGGAGGCGCUUGCGCGCCUGCGCUCCGAGCCGGCGGGCGAGCUGGCGCUGCACCUCGUGCGCGACCUGCUCAGCACGUGCGGCCUCGCCUACACCACCUCCGUCCUGCUGCCCGAGGCGCGCCUGCUGCCCGACGUUGCGGGGCUUGACAGGGCGGCGCUCGCCGGCUCGCUCGGCGUGCCGACUUCCGCCGCCGAGGACGGCACGCCGCUGCUCGCGAGCGGGAGGAGUCGGGCCGCGGGCGGAGACUAUGGCAGUCUGUCGCAUCGCAUAAACGACGUGCCAGUGCGGCGCGCACAAAGCAAAAAGUGUAUCUAG